AUGACUUUUAAUUCAUUUUGUCGUUUAUGUGCAACUUUUUGUAAUGAAGUUGAUUUAGUUGAUAUAUUCGGUAAUAAAAACGAUUUAGAAUCAAAAAUUGAACUAUGUUUUCGAUUAAAAAUCGAAAAUGAUAAUUAUUUACCGAAACAAGCGUGUAUUGUCUGUUCAUCGAAGGUGCAUUCAUAUUACGACUUUUUUUUACAAGUUCAAAAAGCACAAUUAGUUUUUAAAUCGAACGAGGAGGUGCCAGUUGGUUUAGUUGAUGCUAAAAUUGAGGCAGACGAUGAAGAAGAAAUCGACGAGAAAUUUGAUGUAUCCUUCGAUAAAUUUUCAGAUGGUGAUGAAAAUGAUUCGGGAGGGGGCACCGAUGACGAUUUUGAUGAGGAAAUUAGUGAUAUUAAAUCUGAAUCAAAACACACUGUUUUGAGGUCACGAAAACCUAUAAUUAAAACGGAGGACGAUAACGACGAUGAAGAUAAUGAAAUAAUCAAUCAAGAAGAAACAGUUUCAGAUAUUGAAGAAACAAAAGAAGCCUUCUAUAAAAAAUUAGGUGAAAUGUCUGUAAAAAGUAACGGUCAUUUAAUAUCAGACGAAGCAUAUCAACGUUUUAUCCGUGAAGUCGAAGAAGCCGAAACAAAAACUACACCAAAGAGUGCAAUGGACUAUCGUCGAUUGAAACGUUUUGAAAUAUUAUUAACCGAUGAUAAUGUGAAGAAAUUAAUUGCACGACGAAAGAAACCAUCCGAAAGCGUUAAAUAUUUCGUACCGAAAAGUGAAAUGUUUGAAUUGAUACGUGAAGGACAUAUAAAAUGUAAUCAUGGUGGACGAUGUCGAACCGAUAGCAUUCUAAAAAUGAAAUAUAAAAAUUUAUCACGUGAAAUUAUUAUGGUCUAUUUAAGUUUAUGUAAAGUGUGUAAAAAACGGAAAAAAUCUUUACGGGAACGAAUUAAAUUAAAGGAGAAACAAAAUCAAGAAAAAGCAGUAUCAAAACCACCCCCACCUGCCUUGAAAUGCCACGAAUGUAGUGAAAUGCAUCAUACGGCAAACGAUUUACGUGAACAUUUUGAAACUGUUCAUCAAAAACCUGUAGAAUUUAUUUGCUUAGAAUGUUCAAAGCUUUUUAAUAAUUACAUAACGUUUCGUAAUCAUCUUUGGAGUCAUAAAAAUGAAUUCCGAUUUAGAUGUGAACAAUGCGAUAAAUUCUUUUCAUCAAAUCGUAAACUACAAGAGCAUCAACAGCGACAUUUAAAAGUUCGUAAGAAAUAUUUUUGUAGUGUUUGUGGUAAAGGAUUUUUAAAUGAAAAAUAUUUAACAAUACAUGGACAACGGACUCAUUCAAAACAGGCGAACGAGACAACAGAAAAAGAGGAAGUUGUUAAAAAUCACGAGUGCGAUGAAUGCCAUAAAAUGUUUGCUUCCAUUUCUAGUUUGAAUAAUCAUAAAAAAGUUCAUACCGGUAUUCGCGAGCACACCUGUGAACAUUGCGGCAAAAGUUUCAUCUAUAAAAAAUAUUUAGACGACCAUAUCACAUCCCACAGCGAUGAGAGGCCUUUCAAAUGUGAAAUGUGUCCAGCCAGUUUUAAAGCAAAAAUGUACUUACGACGGCAUGUAUUUCUUCAUACGGGCGUCAAACCAUAUCAGUGUCAUGUUUGUGGCAAGAAAUUCCCUCGAAAACCAGCAUUAAUUGAACAUUCGAUAACGCAUACCGAUUUGUAUCCAUUUAAAUGUGAAAUUUGUGAUAAAGGAUUUCGUUCCAAGAAAAAUGUUGUGUGGCAUCAACGUUUACACACGGGAGAGAAACCAUACUCAUGUGAAGCAUGCAAUCGACAUUUUACAUGCUCUUCGAAUUACGAUAAACAUAUGAAACGACAUCAUGGAGUUGUUAAAGUCAAAAAGGAAGUUCCAAUUAUAACUAAUAAUACGUAACCUUCUACAAAUAUUCUUUUAGAUGACAGCAUCGCCGUCACCAUACUAUGAAAUUGAUGCUUUUUUAC